AUGCACUCGAGAGGCGAGGAAGAGUACGGCGCUCUGGGUGUGGAAAAGAAUCCAAAAAAGACACUGUUUUUCAAACGAUUCAACUCAGUGGCGAAACAUGCUCGGCAAUUUUCGUACUCAUUCACUGCUGGAGCAGUCUCUGGAAUGGUGAACACGUUGGUGCUCAGUCCGUUGGACGUGGUACGUACGCGCAUGCAAGUGGGAAGUUUUGGGAACACCGCACACGCGCUGCGUACGGGUAGCGGUCUGGAGCUCCGUCAUUUUCGGGAUGUUUUUCGUGCCACGUUUCGUACGGAGGGUAUCGGUGGUUUCUACCGCGGCUUAACUGCAUCGCUUAUGGCGUUCAUGCCGAACUGGGCGAUUUACUUCUCGCUGUACGAGCAACUUCGGGGAACGCUUCUGGAGCAGUGGUCGAAGAAUCCGCCAAAACGGUCUCGACUCGGGGCGAACCUGUUUCCCAGCAGAGGUCUGUCAAAGGACAUGCUGGCCUCGAUGAUGGCUAGUAUGGGCGCUGGUGCUGCGACGGCUCUGCUUUGCUCACCGCUUUGGGUUGUGAAAACGCGCAUGCAAGCUGAGGUUGUCCUACCGGGAUCAGUUCCCCGAUAUCGGAACCCGCUUGAAUGCCUGCGCCGAAUUGCUCGCGAGGAGGGCCUCGCCGCGCUCUAUCGCGGCCUGACCCCGAGUCUCCUAGGUCUGAUUCAUGUCGCUGUCCAGUUCCCGCUAUACGAAGCACUCAAGCGCAGCUGGGUUGUAAGCCGACCGCGCUCCAAAGAACCUGGGGCCAGCACAUCUGCGCUAACGGAGGCGCGCCCACCAGUAUGGCGAAUCAUGGUCGCCUCGUCGGUCAGCAAAAUUGUCGCCAGCGCUGUAGCGUAUCCCCAUGAGGUCAUUCGAAGCCGCUUGCAAAUGAUAUCCAUAUUGUCAGUAGAGAGCGGUAUACCACCACCAGAACCGUUCCUUAAUCGAACCGCGAAAGGUAUCGGUACCGAGCCUGUGCGAAUGCUACGGCUUGUGCGCUACAUGCUUAAGGAAGAGGGUAUCAGCGCGUUUUAUCGGGGUAUCGGGGCAACGCUUUUCCGCACCUUGCCGGCAACUGUUCUGACCUUUGUCACUUACGAACUGUGCAAAACUUUCCUGGAGGAGCGCGCACAAGAAUCGUCGUUGGUGUAG